ACAAUUAAUUCAACAAUAGAUACUUAAUAGUUGUAGCUAUCGGAAUUUCGAGCUGAUUCCCAUCGCAAAUUUUUCCAGUUAUGAUCAGUGUCUGUGAUUAGUCUUGCUGCUUUUGCAGUAUAUAUAGCAUAUCAUUAUGUUUUCAAGGCAGUUUGCGUUUGGCGUCGUUUAAUCGGGUAUUAAAAAAAUUGUGUUGUUUUAUGGGUCGCUGAUAAAGAAAUAAUUCGGUGUCAACACAAUUACAAGCAGUAAUGGCGAAGGAAGAGGGAAAUGUGGUCGGAGUUGAAGAAGGUAGAAAGAGUGAAGAAAUAAAAGCUCCAGAUCAAUGGCUCGGGCACCGCCAUGUCCAAGUCACCCUCUGCUUCCUCCUCCUGGGCAUCGCCUACGCCAUGCGCGUCAACCUCUCCGUGGCCAUCGUCGCCAUGACUGACAAGAGCACCACUUCCAACCCCGACAUUCCCACGUACGACUGGGACGACAAAAGCGUCGUCCUCUCUUCGUUCUAUUGGGGCUACGUGGUCCUGCAAGUCUUCGCUGGUCAGUUCGGCCAAACCUACGGACCCAAAUGGUUCCUCGUGGUGUCCAUGGUGGUCAACUCCAUCGUCUGUAUGUUGACACCAGUAGUUGCCGAUAAUCUGGGUUCCAAAGGCGUCAUGGGCAUUCGAGUGAUCCAGGGACUGUUCCAAGGUUUCAUUUACCCGUCGGUUCAUAACCUUCUCGGGAAAUGGGCACCCACGCCAGAACGGUCCCGCAUGGGCACUUUCGUCUACUCGGGCUCGUCGUUCGGUACCAUCAUCGCCAUGCCCAUCACUGGCUUAAUUUCGGCGAGCUGGGCGGGCUGGCCCAUCAGUUUUUACACUUUUGGCAGCAUGGGGUUGCUGUGGGUGGUGUUGUGGGUGUUCAUGGGGUCGAAUAGUCCAGCGGAACAUAAAACGAUUUCGGACGAGGAGAGGUCCUACAUUGAGACUAGUUUAGGUCAAGUGGAACACAGGGUUAUACCUACACCAUGGAAGGCCAUCUUCAUGUCGUUACCAAUGUGGGCGAUAAUCGUAGGCAACUUUGGCCAAAACUGGGGCUACUCCACCCUGCUUACCGAAAUCCCCAACUACAUGAACAAAAUCAUGGGUUUCGACAUGGCUUCUAACAGCUUAUUGUCAGCCGCGCCGUACUUAGCUCUAUGGAUUCUCUCAUUCGUUUUUGGGCCCAUUUCAGACUACUUAAUCAACACCAAAAUCCUAUCCCGUGCCACCGUUCGCAAGAUCUUCAACUCAAUUGGUGUCUGCGGGCCGGCUAUAGCCCUAGUGGUUUUGGGCUUCGUCUCCUCCGAAGAGACCACACUAUCGGUCAUCCUUCUAGUCAUCGCAGUCGGUGUCAACGCAGCCGUCUUCUGCGGCUUCCAAGUCAACCACAUAGAUCUAGCUCCAAACCACGCCGGAGUACUUAUGGGCAUCACCAACGGCUCGUCUAACAUUUUUUCCAUCAUAGCACCUCUCGUGGUUCAAGUCGUGGUGUACGACGAAGAGGAAAAAGCUCUGUGGAGGAUCAUUUUCAUCAUUGCUGCUUGCGUCUACGUGGCUUCAGCCAUCUUCUACAACAUUUUCGCGGACGGGGAGAUCCAGUCCUGGAACGACAUAGAAGCUAGCGAGAAAAAUGAAGAAGCGAAAGAAGAAACUGAAGAGAAGACGAGACUAUAACUAGUUUUUAAUCUAUUUAUGUAUUUUUGUAAUAAAGUAGUGUUAAAACACGAAA